AGUAGCAGUAGUUGAAUGACAGCUACGCAGUGAUUGCAUAUCAAUUUGACUGAAUCGAAAAUAUUUAACUUUUUUAUUAAAUUUAUCAGUGUAUUAGCCUAACGUUGGAUCGGAUUCGUCCCCGACGCGUAAUUAAUUCCGUCCUUGUGCAACGUAAUUGUGUAGCGUCGCCAUGCCGUCGAGGGCGGGCGCGCAGUGAAAGUAUCGUGUCCGUGAUCCAGCUGCCAGUGGGUGAGGAUGGGCGUGGGCUUGCAGCCGCUGGAGUUCACCGAGUGUCUGGCGGACAGCCCGGCCUUCCGCGAGAACCUCCAGCGCCACGAGAAGGAGCUGGACCGCACCAGCCAGCAGAUCAAGCGGCUCAUCAAGGAAGUCAAGGAUGUCGUGCAGGCCGCCAAACGUCUGGGCGCAGCUCAGCUGGCGCUGGCGUCCAGCAUGGAGCAGUUCGAGUUCGCGUGCAUCGGCGCCUCCAUGACGGAGGACGAGCGGGUCAUCUCCCACUCGCUGCACCACUUCGCGCACCUCAUCCGCAACAUAGAGGAUGAGCGGGACCGCAUGCUGGGACGUGCGCACGAGCAGAUCAUCCAGCCCCUGGAGCGGUUCCGCAAGGAGCACAUAGGAGCCGUCAAGGAGGGCAAGAAGAAGUUCGACAAGAAGACUGCCAAGUUCUGCCAGAGCCAGGAGCGGACGCUGUCGCUCUCCACCAAGAAACACGAGAAUGUCUUCCAGGAGGCGGACGCGGCCAUGGAGAUGGCCGAGCGCGACUUCUGCCUGGCGUCGCUGGAGUACGUGUUCCAGCUGCAGGCGGUGCAGGAGCGCAAGAAGUUCGAGCUGGUGGAGACGCUGCUGGGCUUCGUGUUCGGCUGGUGGACCUUCCACCACACGGCGCACGACGUGCACGCCGACGCCGAGCCGCGCGUGCGCGACCUGCAGCUGCGCAUACAGCGGACGCGCAGCAACUUCGAGGAGACCAGCAAGCAGACCGAGUCGCUCAUGAAGAAGAUGAUGGAGGCCCGGCAGAACAAGGAGGAGGAGUCCGAAGACGGUUCCCGGGCGGGCUACCUGUUCCUGCUGGAGAAGAAGGCGUUCGGCACGGCGUGGAGCAAGCACUACUGCAGCUACGAGAAGGGCUCGCGGCUGCUGUCGCUCACGCCCUACAACCAGAUCAACGUCAAGACCGCGGGGUGCGCGGAGAGCGUGUGCGUGUGCGACGCGCGGCCGUGCGGCGACGCCAACAUCGAGCGGCGGUUCUGUUGGGAGGCGGUCCCGUCGGACGCGAGCCGCGCGCCGCUGACGCUGCAGGCGCUGAGCGCGCGCGACGAGCUGGCGUGGCGGCGCGCCGUGGCGGGCGGCGGCGCGCGCCCGGCCGCACCGGGGCCGGGCGCCGCGCCCGCCGCCCAAGCCGCGCUCGACGACGCGGGCUUCGGCUUCGUGGCCGCGCUCGUGCGCGAGAUCGAGGCCCGCGGGCUCGACGAGCAGGGCCUGUACCGCGUCGCAGGAGUAUCCUCCAAGGUCUCCCGGCUGGUGUCGUGCUGCACCGACCCAUCCCGCUUGCCAUCAAAUCUGUCGUCGCCGCUGGAGUGGGAGACCAAGACGCUGACGUCCGCGCUCAAGAGCUUCCUGCGCGCGCUGCCCGACCCGCUGCUCACCAGGCGGCUGCACCGGCAGUUCAUCGCUGCGGCCAAAUGCGAGCGCCGUGCGGAGCGCGUGUCGGGCGUGGCCGCGCUGGUGUCGGCGCUGCCGCCGCGCAACCGCGACAUGCUGGAGCUCGUGCUGCGCCACCUGCGCAACGUGGCGGCCAGCAGCGAGAAGAACCUGAUGUCCACGUCCAACCUGGCGGUGUGCUUCGGGCCCACGCUGCUGCGCGCCGAGCGCGAGACCGUGGCCUCCAUCCUCGAGCUCAAGUUCUACAACGUGCUGGUGGAGACGCUGCUCGACAACUACCGCGAGAUCUUCCACAACCUCCCCGCCAGAGCCUCCCCGACGGCGGUACCGAUGUCUGCUCGGAACGAUGUGAUGAGUUGCGAGCGACUAUCGCUGACCGGCGGCGUGGGCGGCGUGGGCGGAGUGGGCGUGCGUUACGCGGCCCCGCACCACGCGCUGCUGCAGCACUUCGCGCCCGCGCCCGCGCGCUCCACCAGCAGCUCGGCCGAGUCCGUGUCGUCGCACUCGGCGUCCCCGCCGCCCGCGCGCCCCGCGCCCCCGCUGGCGCUGGCCCCGCCCCCGCGCGCCGCCUCCCCGCUGCGGCACGCGCGCGUGCGCACGCUGUACGCCUGCCUCGGGGAGUCCCCGGGCGAGCUCUCGUUCGAGCCGAACCAGAUCAUCACGAACGUGGCGCCGUCGGGCGAGCCGGGCUGGCUGCGCGGCACGCUCAACGGCAAGACCGGCCUCGUGCCCGAGAACUACAUCGAGCCCCUGCCCUGAACGCUGGCGAGGAACCCAAAGGAAACAGAGGAGGAUUGACACCCUGCGGCGCCGGACAGCUCCGCCGAGUGACGCUAGAGGGAGCCACUCCGAGAGGCAGCCACACCAAAUAUCAUAUUGUUGUAGUAUUACGUUG